AUUAAAUGAGAGAGUAAAUAUUAUUAACAAAUAGAGUUUAUAGUCAGAAUUAAGAGCACUCUAUAUUAAAUUGGGAGUAUUUUAUGUCUUUUUACUUUUUGAUUUGAUUUGGUCGUCAUUUAUUGAACCAUCAACUAUGAAUCAAAUUUCAUAAGACACAAAAUAAGGUCAAACUCAAAUAUUAUGGAUGAGUGCCCUUCAUAUUAUAAUAACAGGAAUCAUUUUUGUGUUAUUUUGUACUUUGAUGUGGCAAACUUAACCACUAAAAUUAGGAAUGGUUAAACUUUUAGUGAAGUAUGAUAAAUUUAAAAUAAAGGGAUUUUUUAUAUGUCUUUUUGAUUAGUGGAUUAAUGCUUAUAUUAGUUGUAAUUGAGAGAGUAGCCAUAUUUGUAACAAAUACAACAGCAAAUUCAGUUAUUGCAGAAGUUAUCAAAGAAAAUUGGUAAAGUUUUUUUUACUAAUUGUUUUUUUAUAUAAGAUAUUUAUUAAGACCAAUUUAUUUAUUUGUGAUGUUGCAUGGAUCAAUGAAAAUAGCAAAACCUUAUUAUCAUAUGAGAAACCCUGAACUUUUCCUCAAUUGA